CAACACGGAGCGGCGGUGUGGCUCUGCGUGGACCACACACUGGAUCCAGCAGAGACCAGGAGCUCUGAAAAGCCUUGAGGCUGGCCAGCUGCUGCUCAGUCAGCAGCACAGGUCCUCCACCCUUCAGCAUGCCUUCUCCCAUCCCCGUUACCCGCCUGCUGCCCAAAGACAUUUACCCCUCCGUGGACGUGGGGACCUGCAGCAGCCCACUGACCAAAUCCUCCGGCUCCACCUUACAGGUUCCAGCUCAGCGGCUCUACGACAAGGUGUCGGCCGUGAUCCACUGGGAGCAGCUGCGCUCCGUGCAGCCCGUUGGCUCCGGAGGGUUCGGGUCCGUCUACAAGGCGGAGUAUUUCGGGGAGACCGUUGCGCUGAAGAAAGCCAAGAAGUGCACCAAGAACAAGCUGGCCUCCUGGCAGAGCUUCUGGGCCGAGCUGAACGCAGCACACCUGCGCCACGCAAACAUCGUGCGCGUCAUUGCGGCCACCACCUGCGUGCCCGAGGUUUUUGGAGACGAGAACAGCAUCGGAGCGAUACUGAUGGAGUUUGUGGGGAGCAGAAACCUGCAGCAGAUCAUCUAUGAAGGCGCGGAGCUGCUGGGGGAGGACAGGAGCUUCAGGUACUCCUCAGACAUCCUGGAAGGGUUGACUUUUCUUCACUCCCACCGCAUCGUGCACCUGGACAUAAAACCUGCCAACGUGCUGGUGUCCAGUGAGGACGUCUGCAAAAUCGCCGACUUCGGUUGUUCUCUGAAACUGGACCGUGGACAUGAAGUGAGCUCCACCAGCCCACGCCUGAGCCACGUCUGCGGGACGUACACGCACCGAGCCCCGGAGCUGCUGAAGGGCGAGGCGGUGUCUCCUAAAGCGGACAUCUUCUCUUUCGGUAUCACCCUGUGGCAGCUGCUGACCAGAGAGCCUCCGUACAGGGGCGACAGGCAGCACGUCCUCUACGCGGUUGUGGCGCACAAUCUGCGGCCCUGCCUGCAGCAGCACCGGGUGUUCCGCUCAGAGAGAGGCCGGCUGUGUGGCGCUCUGCUGGGCCGCUGCUGGGACGGGGAGGCCGGCUGCAGACCCUCCGCCCCGGAGCUGCUGCCUCACCUGCAACAGCUGCGGGGCCUGGUCUGAUCCACACCAGCUCUCUGAUGGGGUUCAGGAAGGUCUUGGCAUCAUUUUAUUGGGUGUCAAGAAACCUAUGGCUCCUGCUUGGUCCCGAGCAGAAAAAGCACCAAUGCCACCAUUAAUACCACAGUUCAAGCACACUGGUGCUUAGCUGGAAUAAACCUCCACUUACUGCGUGACACUUUAAGAAACAAAAUUAUGUUAAAGACUUCAAAAUCAGUGUCAGAAUUUGUACCUGUAUGAAGCUGAAUUCUCUCCAGUUGAGGGUGCUGUGGACGGAGGGGAUGGAGGUGAUGGCCAGCAGAGACAGGAGCCCGAGACUCAUGAUCCCAAAUGAAACAUACAUCUCUACCCUCCACACUUCCUCCUCGUUCCACGCAUUCUCCACAUUAACAUGGACCUACCGACACAGAGACGAUUGGAAUUCACAACAGUCAUUGUGGUUCACUUGCUGUUUUAAGCGUGGCCAGAUUAACCUGGGAGACAGGCCUGGGACAAAGGUAAGCUGCUUACCUUAUUGUGGUGUUUUCACAAUUUGUACAGGAACAUUACCCGACCCAAAAAUGCUGUCUGGUCGUUUGACACACUUGAAUAUGCAGCAUCAACAGAUGACAUACUCUAAGCCAAACUAUCCCAUGCAGCUAUGAUUAAACAGCAGACCUUAUGGGGUCACUGUGCUGUAAAUCAGGGGUGUCAAACAUGAGGCCCGCGGGCAAAACUGGCCCACCAGAGGAUCCAAUCCGGCCCACAGGACGACUUUGUAAAGUGUAAAAAUUACAGAGAAGACAUUAACUGCACAUUGUAAAUUUGUAAAACUAUAAAUCUAAAAUUAUUUCUAGAUUAUGACAAGUUGUUCUGAUCAUAAAGCAAAAUACUAGAUUGUUCAUUGUUCUUUUGUCAUUUUCUGUCUCAUUUUUGUAACAUUUUGUCUUGUUUUUGUUGUUUUUUGUCUUUGUUAAAGUUAAAUACCAUAUUGUUCAGUUCCAGAUACCUGAAACUAAAUGUUUUGUGCCUUUGUAGACACUCUGUUUUUCUUAUUUUCUUAUUUUUAUUUUUAAAAAAUUCAGGUUGUUCAUGAUGUUCUGUAAAAAGAUAAUUCCUUAAAUGUGAACAUUUUCAGAAUGGACUUUUUUUGCACUUAAAUAAAAGAAAAUAUUUGGA